GAACCACAGCUCUCUGUCAGGGAAAGGCAGUAAAGUCGUAGCACGUUCUUUUUUUGUGCGGUGUGCGACUGCUACAGCUAAUGUUGAACUUGUGCGGCGCUUCUCGGUGACUGAACAGCGCCACCUCCGCAAUUUGCCCGCUAGCAGCAACACGCAGCUAGGUUCUGUCUGCGAGUCCACCGGGGCACGUGCACACUCACUUCACGGAUACAAAAAACAAACAAACAAAGAAUUCGACAGGACACACUGGAGAGGGAGCAGGAGAAGGAGGAGCUGCCGAUGUGAGAAGGUAGUGUCCUGCGUGGAGUCUUUUCACGAACAGCUGUUAUCGUGGUGGCGCUCAGAGCUAGCCAGCGUUAGCAUGCCACUGUCCCCAAAACGAACAUCCACACUCAGGUUGAUGGAGACGUCGCGAGGGGGGCGGAAGAGCCUUAAACAUGUCAAAGCUUUGUUGUGCAUGGUUUUAAAUGUGUCCUCUAGACAUGUUGACACGACACAACAGGGGACUCGUGUUGUGUUUGCUUGUUGUUGGUUGCUCAAGUUAGAUCAGCUGAUGCCAUAUGCAAGGGGGGUUGACCUGCUUCUUUAGUUUUGGGAAGUCAUUCGUACCUGUGGCUCAUGGUCACAACCGAGUUGGGCAGAUAUUUACCAUCGUGCUACAACGAGUGGUUCGAAUAACUAAUCGAUUCCCAGGAAGUCAGCCAACUUUCAUUAACAAUCUUUACUUUGGAAAAUUGUUAUAGACAUUUUUUGUUAUUGUUUCCUCUCUAUUCAGGCACUUUAGUGGGCGAUGCUUGAUUAGAAGAUUCGAUCACAGCAGAGAAUACGUGACCUUUUCGACCCUGCUUGAUAAGCUGAUAACAGCUGUCACAUGAGAAUAGCUCAGUUACACUGUGGACAAUGGGAUCUGAAACUUUUUCAAGUGGCACAGAAACCGCAGGUGUACAGUUGCUGAGUGUAAUAUUACCUUUCAGGAAGCCUUUUCACUAGUUUGUAAGGGAAUAAAUUAAAGAGGAAUGGGGAACUUGACCUGAAGACAUUUAUCCGGUACCUUUUUGUUUGUUUAUUAUUGUUGUAUGAAAAGUAAUGGGUAGUAACGGAUACCUCUUUUAAACUCUAACCCGUUCCUGACCUGUUUUAGCGCAAGAAGACAUGUAAGUAUCACAUGAUGAUGUUUAUAUAUCAAUUCUCGUUUGUAACAUGUUUUCUCUCUAAAUAAAUUUGCAGAUCUUGGAGAACUAAAUUUUUUGGGCCUCGUCUCCUCAAACUGGACGUUCAGGGUCCGGCGAUGGAUUUUCACUGAUAAGUUUUUUGUUGCUUCGCGGUGAUCACGUCAUUGAUUGACGGUCCAGACCUGCAGCAUGUGUCAUCGCCAUGGGAUGACUGGUCACUGAGUCUGUGGCUGCCAUUAUUUUUGCUGAAAUGUCAUACGUGGAUCAGAUAUCUUAACCUACAAGACAGCCGCUUCUACAGUUGCCACUUUAACUGUCCAAAAUUAGCAAAGUCAAACAGCCAUGGGCUUCUGUUCGCCGGUGUGCAAGGUUUUGCGCAGGGGGAAGUAUUUUGUUCUGCUUUUUCUCUCGCUCUCAGUGCUGGCAUGGAUCGCCGCUUUUUCAGGCGAAACAGUGAAAUCCUUCCAGGUUUCCUCCACCACGACAGAAACUCUCGUCAAAGGAGACGGUCUAAGGGACAAACUCAGCCCUUGGACGGCGGCGCCUGAUCACUUGAACACUCCGACACCAAAAGGCGAAUGCCCUCCGGAGUCUCCGCUGCUGCAGGGAGCUGUGAAGCUGUCUUUCGAGCCCUCUCUGAAACUGAAGGAUGUGGAGAGUGAAAACAAAGAAGUGGCUAAGGGCAAGUAUGAGCCCACCGACUGUACAGCGAGGCAGAGCGUGGCGAUCCUCAUCCCCCAUCGCAGCCGAGAACGACACCUCCUAUACCUCCUGCACCAUCUGCAUCCCUUUCUGCAGAGGCAGCAACUACAUUACACCAUCUAUAUCAUCCAGCAGGCCGGUGUUGCAACCUUUAACCGUGCCAAGUUAUUGAAUGUUGGGUAUUUGGAGGCACUGAAAGACUAUAAUUGGGACUGUUUCAUCUUCCACGAUGUGGACCUGGUUCCUGAAAAUGAUCACAAUUUCUACGUCUGUGACAAGCAGCCCAAACACUUGGUGGUUGGUCGGAAUGCUACAGGAUACAAGCUUCGUUACAAAGGCUACUUUGGAGGAGUCACAGCGAUGACCAGAGAGCAGUUUCUUCAAGUGAAUGGAUUCUCAAACACUUACUGGGGUUGGGGAGGGGAGGACGAUGACCUUCGCAUCAGGGUCGAGCUGCAGAAAAUGACUAUUGUGAGGCCGCCCACGGAUGUAGCUCGGUACACCAUGGUGUUUCACAAACGGGACAGUGGCAAUGAAAUAAACAAGGACAGGAUGAGGUUGUUGGGACGAACGCCGAAGGUUUGGAGAAAGGACGGACUCAACAGCUGCUCAUAUAAGACUUUGUCAGUAGAAAGGCUGCCUCUUUAUGUGAAUGUCACUGUGGACAUUGGUAAGCCAUAGAGAUGAGAUUUCCAACUGGAAGCCCUACUGUGACCAAAAAGAAUAUCUUACGAUAUAUUUCAUACAGCAUGCCAGGCGUCCUGAGUGCAGGAAAAACUACUACAUAGGAAAAACACAGUGAGCACACAAAAUGCACAUUGUCUCUAUUGGUUUGCGUAUUAAAAUAGUGACGACCACAUUAGCUGGUACUUUGUAAAAUGUUGCACAUCAUGCUGCUUCCAUUCCUUCAUAUUAUUUACCUUUCUUUACUCCAUCAUUUAUCCUGCAGAAAAUAAAUGAACGGAAUUUUUCUUUUGAAGCAAUACACAAACAAAUUGGCCAUAAAUACUCCUGGUGUUUAGAAUACAUCGCUGUAGCAAAAUCCAAUUCAUUUACACAUAAUGCCUUAUUUUAAGAUCUUUAUUAUUAUUUGCCUGUGUGACAUAUUUCAGCGUAAAACAAGCUGAUAGUUGAUGACACAAUGUGUAUUUUGUGUACUUUCAUUGAUCUCCAGAAGUUCCCACAGACACAGGUGUUGCCACUUAUUUUGCCUGAGCAGAGGAUUUAUAAGACGGACCAAAGAACACCAGUGGAGGUGUGUAGAUGUUCAUGUUUAGGUUUAGUUCACAGCUACUUGGAGGCUUUGAGGUUUGAGUUUUGAUGAGUGGCUCAGCAGAGAUGUUUUAUUGAAACUGACAUGUUCAUGACAAACCAUGGACAAUGUGUAAUAUGUUGAUGAAUGUGAAGUGAACACUGAAUGAUUUCAAAAGAAUAAUGUGUGUUCUGACCGCUCGAUGGCAGAAAGAGCAACUAACAGUUACAGAGCAAUAGUCUUGUUAUAAAACCCCCCAAAAAAAUCAUCCUUUUUUUUUGGUCAAUGAAAAUCAUAUUGAAAUUUUUAUCUUAAUUAGGUUUUGAAUAUUUUUUCUAUAUAUAUAUUGACAAGAGUAAUUUUUUCACAUUCACAGCAGGAAUCACACAGGACACAGACUUUAAAACGGUCUCACAUUCAUGUUGUCUAUUACACAAAUGUCAAAAUGUCUGCCAGAAGGUCGGAAUUAUAUAUGGUAUGCUCUCAAACCUCUGUCUACAAUAAACCUAAAUAAUUAUUAGUUUUUCCAGCAUUUUUAACUAAAACAGUUAGCACCUGGGCUGCUUUACUGAACUUGGGAUUUUUGAGCAUCUUUGGAUAAACAAUGCUUUGUGAGCCAUAAUGAUAAGGAGUUUUAUUAUACUUCAUGUCUUAUUACGUAUUUUGCCUUAUAUGCUUUAUUUUAAGCAGAAAUCAAUGGGUUGUGGGUUUGUAUUUAUUAGAUGAACAGUUUAAAAAAACAUUAUAAUUCUAAACCUUUUGAGACCAAUAGAUUUUGUUACUAUUAUCAUAUGUCAAGACAUUUCAGUCCAGGACAAUCCGCACACUUAUGCUUUGAUCAUUGCAUGCUGUGUCUGACACACCAAAUUUGUUAUUCAACUUCACGUGUGUUUAAGGUACCGUGGUAUGUUACAGCUGCAAUGUGUUCUGUCUUUAUUUAUCUGACCAGCAAAUCCUGCUUCUUUCAAGGCUGAGCAAUAUUACUAACAUGGUUACAGUUUACUUGAGUUGCCUGUUAUAUUUUCAUAUUCAUAACUUUUAAAGGAGAGCUUUAUAACAAGUACAGUUAGCUCUAAUGUGUGUGCAAUGCUGAAGCCAUUGUGAAGCUCACACAUGUACAUUUGAAAUACCAGAAAAAAAAAAGAUGUCUACAGUGUUUGUGGCCAGACGGUAUGUUCAUUUCAAGCUUCCUCUCCUGAAGGAAUAUUUUUCUGUUUUCUACUUGGUCAGAACUUUUGUAUGUGAAAAUAUUGUAAGUGCACAAGUUAAACUACAACUUCUUUUGUAAAAUUAUCAUGUUUGUGGUAGUGUUGUAGCACCAAACAUUUCACCGACUCACUUUUUAAAUGUUUUUUUCCUCCACUUUUUAAAAUAAUUUAUAAGAAUAAUUGUAUGAAAUUCAAAGGGAUGCCACAUUAACCUUGAGAAUGUCAUUUGAUGGAUUAUUUUUGAAUGUUUGAAUGCUGAUAUUUGUUUGUUGAUUUUGGAUGAUGUGCCAUGAUUAUUUUAUGCUGAACGUUGAUCCUGACAGAGGAGGAGAUUAUGCAUUACACUUCCAAUGGGAUUAUUUUCUCUUUAGAACAUAUUUAAUAAAUAGCCUAGUAUUUUUUCUUA